UUGGAACAUGAGCGGAGCAAGUCAUGGUGACGUUGGGAUAGUUUCUCCUGCGGCUCUGGGACUGUCGCCAAUUCGGCAGGACAAGGAGGUCGCUGGAUUGGCGAGUGGACGAACAAGUUACGUAAGCGUGUUGACUAAGGCGCAAAUUCCAGCACGACUUUCCGGUGUCGCCAGUGCCGGAGCUAGAAUCGAAUUUGCCGCUGACAUCUUGAUUGGUAACGGCUGUGUUGCUUGGAGGAGUGCGCAUGCGGUGCCGCCAUGUUUUUAGGGGGCAAUAAUAUUCAUAACUGAGAGGAAUUUGCCACCAAUUGCUCAGAAUGGGGACAACUUGUCCAUCAAGCGAAUUUGUGAUCUGAGCAAGUUGAGUGGACAAAUACAUAGCGAGCGGACAAGAAAAAUAAUGUGGAUAAAUUUGAGGUUUUGUGGCAAAAACAGCCAGUUUAUUAUCUGCGAUAACAAGUGUAGAGCUGGAUGAACACAGCAGGCUAAGCAGCAUCAGAGGAGCAGGAAGGCUGACGUUUUGGGCCUAGACCCUUCUUCAGAAUGACAGUUAUCUGAAUGACAAUUGAUUGGGACGUCAUAUCUCACCAACCUUUUAGUUGUUUCAGUGGCGGAGUCCGGGAGAACGCGCAAGGGCAGCCUGGGAAGGUGCAGACUUCAGCCGAAGAUUUCCCAAUUGUAGACGCAGCGAAAUUGUUUGAAUGGAUGAGGGUAUCGCUGACCAGGCAGCAUUUAUUGGCUGUCCUCAAUUGCCCAGAGGCCAGUCCAGUGUCAACCACAUUGCUGUGGGUCUGGAGUGACGUGUAGGCCAGACCAGGAUAUUGAAAGAAGAAGAUUCACAGUUGGGAAACUGCAACGAAAUAUUACAUCAGGAUUUCACAGAAUUGCCCACUUCAUUGGAACCUGAAUCUCACUAGAUUUUUGAACAUGGAGGGAGAAAGCAACAUUGACAGCUGUGAUAAACUGUACACAUUUUGUGUGUGUGGACAAGCAUUCAACCGAUCAUCUGACCUCUCAAAACACAACUGGAAUCACAAGGAGAAACCAUGGAAAUGUGGGGUCUAUGGGAAGGGAUUAACCUCCUCAACUGAACUGGAAACUCACUGGUGCAAGCGAGUUUUGAGAAGAUUUGUAGCUCAAGUUGAGUUUCUGGAUGUCAGUUUGCUCGCUGAGUUGAAAGUUCAUUUGAUGGCCAUGAGGUGCCAAGCUUCAACAGAUCCAAUUGCAGUGCGACUGAGGGAUGGAGAUGGCCCCUGUUCAGGGAGAGUUGAGAUGUAUUACAACAACACGUGGGGAGCUGUCUGCGAUGAUAGUUGGGACAUCCUUGAUGCAAAUGUCGUUUGUAAGCAAACUGGAUGUGGACCUGCCCGAUCGGCUCCAGGUGAUGCUCACUUUGGGCCAGCGCAGUCUUCCUUCUGGUUGGAUAAUGUUGGUUGUGAAGGCACUGAGUGGAAUUUGCACCAGUGCCCAUCGAACUCAUUGGGCGAACACAACUGCCAACCUAAUGAGGCAGCGUCUGUUAUUUGUUUAGAUCCGAUUGCAGCACGAUUGAGAGAUGGAAAUAGCCCCUGUUCAGGGAGAGUUGAGAUGUAUUACGACAACACUUGGGGAGCUGUCUGCGAUGAUAGUUGGGACAUCCUUGAUGCAAAUGUCGUUUGUAAACAAACUGGAUGUGGACCGGCCCGAUCGGCUCCGGGUGAUGCUCACUUUGGGCCAGCGCAGUCUUCCUUCUGGUUGGAUGAUGUUGGUUGUAAAGGCACUGAGUGGAAUUUGUACCAGUGCCCAUCGAACUCAUUGGGCGAACACAACUGCCAACCUAAUGAGGCAGCGUCUGUUAUUUGUUCAGAACAAUUCCAGGUCAGAAUCGUGAAUGGGGACAAUGAAUGUUCUGGGAGACUGGAAGUCUUUUACAAAAAAACAUGGGGCACUGUCUGUGAUGAUGGUUGGGACCUACGUGAUGCUCAGGUGGUCUGCACCGAGUUGAAUUGUGGGUUUGCCCAGGCUGCUCCUGGAAAUGCUAAGUUUGGGAAAGGCCUAUCGUUGAUUUGGCUGGAUUCCGUUGAAUGCAGUGGGUCUGAAUCAAACCUCUGGCAGUGCCAAUCAGACACUCUGGGUCAGCACGACUGCCAGCACAGUGAGGAUGCAUCUGUAAUCUGUUCUGAUCACCCACCAAAGCCCAUUUUGUCACUUGAAAUGAAACGUGAAAUCUUCACAACAAAGGAGACAAUCCAAUUAAAGUGUACAGCUCACAAUUAUUAUGCGGGCAGUACAUUUUAUUUGAAGAAAACUGGGGACAGUUCCUUCAGUGCCUCUCAAACUGCUCCAGAAGGGGCUUACAGUGUGAUCUUCUUCAUCCACGAUGCGGAUCUGAGCCAUGGUGGGAACUAUACAUGCCACUAUCAAACAAACAGCUCAGGAAAGCCUCUGAAUUCAAGCAGCAGUGACUCUGUAAUUGUGGUCGUCACAGAUUUGAUUCAGAUGCGGUUGGUGAAUGGGACAGAUCCAUGUUCUGGAAGAGUUGAACUUAAUUACAAAGACAUUUGGGGAGCAGUUUGUGAUGAUGAGUGGGACAUAGAAGAUGCAAACGUUGCUUGUAAGCAAAUGGGCUGUGGACCAGCCAGUUCAGCUCCUGGGAGUGCUCAGUUUGGAGAAGCCACUGGAAUGUUCUGGUUGGACGACAUUGAGUGUAAAGGACAUGAGUUGAACUUAUUCCAGUGUCCAUCAAGCCCAGGUGGAAAACACAACUGCCACGCAGAAGAGGCAGCAUCUGUUAUUUGCUUAGAUCCGAUUUCACUGCGAUUCAUGAAUGGGACGGACAAGUGUUCUGGGAGAGUUGAAGUCUAUUAUAACAACAGCUGGAAAGCCAUCUGUGACAAUGGUUGGGACAUAGAUGAUGCCAAUGUCGUUUGCCGUCAACUGGGCUGUGGGCAAGCCAGAUCUGCUCCAGGGGGUGCCCAUUUUGGCAUGGAGCCUGGAGACUUCUGGUCAUAUACAGUCAAAUGUAAAGGAACUGAGUCCAACCUCAUCCAAUGUCAAGCAACUUCAAUGGAAGGAGACCAUUGCAGUUUGGGAUACACUGCUUCUGUUAUUUGUUCAGGUCUUUAUUCCAAUGAAUAUCUAUUUCGUCUCUGCCUUGCGGCUGUUGUUUUGGUUCUGCUCACGAUCUUUCUUGUAUUGGAACUGAGAAGAAAACCCUAGGAAUCGAAGAAUACAGAUGGGAAAGCUAGAUGCCAAAAUACCAAGAGGUACUGGGCUUCAUUUAUGCCAUAAAAUUAAAUAGUACGAAGCAAUAUUCUCCACGUG